AUGGCUCCCCAUGAGACAUCUAUAGAUUCGAAAGCGACAAAUAGACAGAGUGUCGAUCUGAUUGUUUUUGCUGCUCACGUAAUCCCUGUUAUACCUCGUGAUGUAAUCUUAUCGGAUUAUGCCAUUGUUAUUACUAAUUCCCGCAUUAUCGCAUUAUUACCACAUGACGAGGCUGUCAGUCGUUUUGUCGGUAUGGAAGAGCGUCAUCUAUUCAACCACAUUGUCAUGCCCGGUCUUGUAAAUCUACAUACACACUCGGCCAUGACGCUAUUACGUGGCUUAGCGGACGACAAGGCGCUUUGUGACUGGCUCGUACAAGAUAUUUGGCCUACGGAGAACGCAUUCAUUGGUCCUGAAUUUGUCAAGGUUGGUACGACACAUGCUGUAGCUGAGAUGCUACGCUGUGGCACCACAUGCUGCAAUGACAUGUACUUCUUUCCUGAUGAUGUGUGUAGUGUCCUGGAGGAAACAGGAUUCCGUGGGGUAGUGGGACAGAUUAUCAUGGAGUUUCCAGGUCCAUAUGGCUCUGGCCCCGAUAAUAUCUUUGCCAAGGCACAACCGAACCUCAAGAAGUACGCACCGGGCUGUCAUGAUCUCAUUACGGUGACAAUGGCACCACAUGCACCAUACACAGUCUCGGACAAGAACUUGCAGCGUGCGAAUGCACUGGCCAAAGAAUACAAGGCGCGCAUGCAUAUUCAUCUGCAUGAGACGACAAGUGAGUGCUGUGACAGCGAAAUGCUUAACCGACAGUCAAUGAAUUGCCAUCAGAGCGAUCAAAAGCUACGUCCGCUGGCCAAUUUGAAGCGGAUGGGUCUACUGUCGGAGCACCUUAUCUGCGCGCAUAUGACGCAGCUAACGAAGGAUGAGAUGGAUGACGUUGCCGAGGCUGGUGCUCAUGUGGCGCACUGCCCGUCGUCUAACCUCAAAUUGGCUUCUGGUAUUGCGCCUAUCGCGGAGAUGAUCAAGCGCGGUGUGAAUGUUGGCAUUGGUACGGACGGCGCUGCCAGCAACAAUUCGCUUGACAUGUUCGGCGAGAUGAAGCUAGCUGCUAUAUUGGCCAAGGUACAGACGCUCCAAAGCUCCAGUCUGCCUGCUGUUGAGGUGCUACAGAUGGCUACGCUUAAUGGUGCUCGCGCUCUCGGCCUUGAGAAGGACAUUGGCUCUAUUGAGGUAGGCAAGCGUGCGGAUGUCAUUGCUGUCGAGUGCGACAACAUUGAAAUGAUACCCAUGUACAACGCCAUUAGCCACAUCGUAUAUGUGGCUGGGCGUGAGCACGUUUCUGACGUCUGGAUCAACGGCAAGCACCUGCUCGACAAUCACAAGCUCACGACCAUCGACGAAGCGCAGGUAAAGAAGAGCGUGCGUGAGUGGGCAGUCAAGAUCGCCGCUCACCGUGAGCAGCAAAAGUCGCUGCAGUAG